AUGGAUCAUCUAAAUUGUUACAACGCUGGAUUGUGCGACAGGAAAGGCAUUGCCUUGAAAGAUGUCCCUCUAAAAGAGAUAUCCGUUCACGCCGAGGUGCGUAACCUGGUUGCUAAUGUUACCUGCAAUCUCAUCUACAAAAAUGAAUCCAAAGAUUUGGUUGAGACACUGUUCGUCUUCCCGAUGGACGCGGACUCCGCUAUUUACCAUUUUGAAGCAGAGAUCGGUAAAAAGCUUCUUGUGGCAACGUGUCGAGAACGGGGUGAGGCUAUGAACACGUACCAGGAAGCUGUGGAUGCCGGUCAUAGUGCUUUCUACAUGGAAGAAGACGAACUCAUGGGUGACACCUUUGCGAUUAAAGUCGGAAAUAUUCCUCCGACGGAGACGGCAGUUAUAAAAAUGUGCUACUUCUGCCGACUUCGAGCGCAUAACGUUACAGACGACUCUGGUGACCGCGCCAUGGCCAUUUUCACGUUACCUUCUGUCCUCAAUCCACGCUAUAUGCCACCAUCUUCUAAAUCCGAACGGCAGUUUGGCCCUUCAAAUGCAGAUCAAGUGUGCAAAGUAAAGGUACCCUACAAAUUUUCUUUCUCAGCAAGUCUGAGUUCUCAAUGUGCAAUAAGUGCGGUGACUUCUGUGAAAGACGUCUUUGGAUUGAAGUACCAGAGAAAAGACAAAAAGGCGGCAAUGGUGACAUUACAAAGUGACUUCAAGUUUGACCACGAUCUUGAAAUGGAGAUUGUGUUUGGCGAUCCGACCAAAUUAAUGGUUAUAUACGAGGAAGGUGAUUCUAGGGUUAACAGCGGAAUUCUCGCCCUCGACUGUCUGACUGUGAACUUCUUGCCAAUGUUUAAGGAGGGCACUGACACACGCAAUGAGGUCAUUUUUCUCAUUGACCGCUCCGGUAAGCAAACUAUUUUUUCGUCAGUGCAGAAGUAA